AUCUAAGCUCGGGUUCAUCAAGAAACAGUAGGAACAGAGGUUAUGGUAAUCGCAAAAUGUGUGCUUGUCAGUUGCCUGCGAAGAUUUUCACGGCUUGGACAGAUAAGAAUCCUGGCCGAAGGUUCUAUGGGUGUGAACUGUACAAGGAGGGGGGGAAUGACCAUUGCUCUUACUUUGCGUGGCUUGAUGAAGAAGAAGUGAAAGGUUGGGCUAAGAGGGCUUUGAUUCAAGCUCGGGAUAAAAUACGAGAGAAGAAGAAACAUAUCAAUGAACUGACGGCCAGUAUCAAUGAGCUAACAGCUACUGUCAAUGAGCUUCGUAUGGAGUUGGAGCAGAAGAAGGUUGAGAAACCAGGUUCUCGUGAAAUGGUUGUGUAUCGGCGAUGCAUAAUAAUGUGAAUUGAGCUUAAUGUAAUGGUUUGUACUUUGUUAUUGGUGUAUCAGUCAUGCAUACAAUGGAAUGGUUAUGUAUCGGGUUGACCUUUAAUGUUGUUGAACAAUGUCAAUUGUGGAAUAUUUUCAUCAUUUAUGCACUAGUAGUAUCUUGCAAAAUAAGCGAAAUGAGUCAUAACAAUUUUUGAAGAUCAAAAUAAGCAAAAGAGUUCUUUUUUUUUUUGAAACACUGCAAAAGAGUUCUAACAUCAUGAUGUUACACAUCAAAAAGAACCUGAAAACCCCGAGAAUUCUAACAACAUGAUGUUAUACAUCAAAAACAAGCAAGAACCUGUGAAACCCAAG